AUGAACCUCGGCAAUAUCUGCGCGAUUGCGGUCCUGGUCCUCGGCUUCGUCGCAAGUCCGACAACGGCAACUCCUGGGGCUGCCGCAGACCGCCCAAACAGCAACGCAGCGUCCGGCUCAGGCCCCGCAGCUCACAACCUUCGAGGGGCGCGCGCGUUGGCGACAACUUCAGAUGGAACGACAGUUUACACGGAGAAUGGCGGUGACGCGUCGUCUACUUCGGCCUCCGCCUCUUCAUCCGACGGCAGCGAUGCGACUCGAGUUGCGGGGGCAUUCGCGACAACUGCUGGCCUCGUCAUCGCGAUGAGCGCAUACUUGCUCUAG